CUUAAAGCAAGUCUGCUUGGUGAUUUCAAUUUCAGUGGCAGAAGUUCGCUGGUGGGAACGUAUUGUACAGUCUGGUGCCAUCACACGUCUCCUCACAGUUAAGACCGUUGGGAACUUUCUCCACAUACAGGUGAGGCGUGAGAGUCCAGAUUUGGCUACAAGUGGCUGGAAAUGUUUGCUAGAGCGGCCAAGCAGCUCACAAAAGAGCUGGACUCUGACAGGAGGUUCAUUCCUAUAUCCAGCUUGGCUAGUGCCGAUAGUUACAGACCCUUCUCUUUGGUCAUGAAGAAACAGUCCAGGCUGCCUUGGCCACCCAGAAAAUAUCUCGCCACCUCCUACAAACUUACAGACGUAUUCAAAGAAGGAACAGCUAUGGAUGCAGAGGUGAAAUAUGAUGCUCCGUUACGAUACUCCGAGACCACAGACCAGAAAGUAGGAGUAAAGAUCAGCCUUAAGUUACAGCCCACUGCGGUGGACUCUGGUGGCUCAUGGAAGAGUUCAUUCUCUGUCUCUCAGAUAACCGUGAGAAAAGCCUACAUGGUUAAAAAAGGGCAGUGGAAAAUUGACACGUCGCACAAGUUCAUAAAGAGGUUCUCAGGAUCCCAUAGGAUAAAGCUGUAUGUCGUGACUGAGGCUUUUGAGAUAAAGGAACCAUUGCUCAUUGAGGAGAGGAGCCAGGGAGGAGGCAAAGUCAUGAUCACAGCAGGGGAAAUAGGUGAAAUACAGGGGCAGGGCGAGAGCAUUAAAAAGAAGACUAUGGAGAUUCCUCAGGGCACGGUGGUGGCAUAUGUCGUACAGCCCCUGGAUAUCCAGGAGGAAAUAUUUCUCCGUGCCAGUGCGCCUUCAUUUGUUUUUGAUGACUUCAAGGAUUUGUUAAAGCCUUCACUAACAGUAUUUCAGAAAGUGAAGGACACCAUCAAAGGAGAAUGUGAGCCGCUGAUGUCUCUGAGUCAGGAUUUCAGGAUCAAAUUGCUGGGAACCUUGAAGAGCUUUCUGCAGGAUGGUGAUGUUAUAUCAGAUGUUAAAACUGUGCUGGAGCUUUUCUUGGCGGGGGGUCAACCUAAGCACUCAAUGCUGGACUUGUUGGAUGAAAUUCUCCGGCCUCAGGUGGAAAAUUUGCUUCAUGAUUUAGGAGUUUUCUGUGAGGAUCAGAGAGAAGAAUCCCCUUCAUUAUUGCAACCGGUACACCUCCUGUGUUCUUCUUUAGAAGAUCUGGACUUUAGAGUGCUGCCCCUGCUUGUGACCUGCAUAGAGAAGAACAUGGUGGCCAAGCAGCUUGCGCUGAUGGAUGGCAUCAUGGAGUGGAUUCUUUCCAGUGACAAAGAAAGAAUCUUCAGCCUGGCCUCUUCUCUGCCAGAAGAAGAAAAGAACAUAACUGCAGAAAUGAUGAAUACCUGCGGACUGAUUCCACAGACAGACACACCCUCUCUCACCUACCUGUGGAAUAAGGAAGCCCAAUCAAACCUAACUGCACUGUAUGCAGCCUUAUAUGCUUUGUGGAUUCUAAGCGAGUGAUACCAGUUUAAGUAGGCGGGUGUAAAUAUAAAAAAUGUGGAUCAACAAAGAGCUACAAAUCAUCACCCUAAAGCAGGGUUGGGCAAAUUAUGGCCCAUGGGCCUCAUCCGGUCCGUCAGACCAUUUAAUCCGGCCCUCAGCUCCCGCUGGGGAGUGGGGUCUGGGGCUUGCCCUGCUCCCGCCCUCCAGCCAGGGAGCAAGGUUGGGUGCUUUUCCUACUUUGCUGCCCCAUCUGCAGGCGCCGCCCCCGCAACUCCCAUUGGCAACGGUUCCCGGCCAAUGGGAGCUGCAGGGGUGGCACUUGCGGAUGGGGCAGCACACAAAGCCGCUUGGCUGCGCCUCGCAGCUGGAGGUGGGACAUGCUUCUGGGAGCUGCUUGCUGUAAGCAUCCGGAGCCUGCAUUCCUGAAGCCCACCGCCCCCCGCAUCCCAAUCCCCGGAUCCCCCUCCUGUCCUCCGAACCCCUUGAUCCCAGCCCAGGGCCCCGUGUAUCCCAAGCCCCUCAUCCCCAGACAGAGCCCUCACCCGCCACCGUCCCCAUCCCUGAUCCCCCUCCUGCCCUCCGAACCCAUUGGUCCCCGCCGGGACCAUCAUCCUGCACCCCAAAUCCCUCAUCCCCUGCCCCAUCCCAGAGCCCACACCCCCAGCCGGAGCCCUCACACCCCUCCCCUGUACCCCAACCCCCUG